AGGAGGAAAGGGAGCAGGCGCAGGGGGACUGGAAAGGCAGCAUGCGCCCGCCGGGAGCAGCCUCGGCGCCCAAGGUCUGAGGCUGCAGCCCCAGUUCGCCAUUGUGAGCCGCCGGGGGAGCCAGGCGGCGCCACGGUCCCCCCAGGGUGCCCGUCCACGCAGCGAUGGGGCACCUGCCCACGAGGACGCGCGGCGGCCGCCGCCUCCUGUCUCUGCUCUGGCUCUUUGUGCUGCUUAAGAAUGCUACAACGUUCCAUGUAACUGUCCGUGAUGAUAAUAGCAUCACUGUCUCUUUAGAAGCUUCAGAUGUCAUGAGUCCAUCAUCUGUGUAUGUUGUGAAGAUAACUGGUGAAUCAAAAAAUUACUUCUUUGAGUUUGAGGAAUUCAACACUACUUUGCCUCCUCCCGUUAUCUUUAAGGCCAAUUAUCACGGCCUGUAUUAUAUAAUCACUUUGGUAGUGGUCAAUGGAAAUGUGGUUACCAAGCCAUCCAGAUCAAUCACUGUGUUAACAAAACCUCUUCCUGUAACCAGUGUUUCAAUAUAUGACUAUAAACCUUCUCCUGAAACAGGAGUCCUGUUUGAAAUUCAUUAUCCAGAGAAAUAUAAUGUUUUCACAAGAGUAAACAUAAGCUAUUGGGAAGGUAAAGACUUCCGGACAAUGCUAUAUAAAGAUUUCUUUAAGGGAAAAACAGUAUUUAAUCACUGGCUGCCAGGAAUAUGUUAUAGUAAUAUCACCUUUCAGCUGGUAUCUGAGGCAACUUUUAAUAAAAGCACUCUCGUGGAAUACAGUGGUGUCAAUCAUGAACCCAAACAGCACAGAACUGCCCCUUAUCCACCUCGAAAUAUCUCAGUUCGUAUAGUAAACUUGAACAAAAACAACUGGGAAGAGCAGAGUGGCAGUUUCCCAGAGGAAUCGUUCAUGAGAUCACAAGAUACAAUGGGAAAAGACAAAUUCUUCCAUUUUACAGAAGACACUCCUGAAAUUCCGUCUGGCAACAUUUCUUCUGGUUGGCCUGAUUUUAACAGCAGUGACUAUGAAACAACAUCCCAGCCAUAUUGGUGGGACAGUUCAUCUGCAGCUCCUGAGAGUGAGGAAGAAUUUGUUGGUGUUCUUCCCAUGGAAUACGACAAUAACAAUACACUCAGUGAGACCGAGAAAUCGACGUCCAGCUCUUUCUCUUUUUUCCCUGUCCAAAUGAUACUCAGCUGGUUACCACCAAAACCACCCACUGCCUUUGAUGGGUUCCACAUCCACAUAGAAAGAGAAGAAAACUUUACUGAAUAUUUGACAGUGGAUGAAGAAGCACAUGAAUUUGUGGCAGAACUGAAGGAGCCCGGGAAAUAUAAGUUAUCUGUGACAACCUUUAGUUCCUCAGGAUCUUGUGAUACUCGAAACAGUCAGUCAGCAAAAUCACUCAGUUUUUAUAUCAGUCCUUCAGGAGAGUGGAUUGAAGAACUCACAGAAAAGCCCCAGCACGUGAGUGUCCACGUUCUAAGCUCAACCACUGCCUUGAUGUCCUGGACGUCUUCCCAAGAGAACUACAAUGGCACCAUCGUGUCUGUGGUAUCACUCACCUGCCAGAAACAAAAGGAGAGCCAGAGGCUAGAAAAGCAGUACUGCACUCAGGUGAACUCAAGCAAAUCUAUUAUUGAAAAUCUGGUUCCUGGUGCCCAGUACCAGGUUGUGAUGUACCUAAGAAAAGGUCCUUUGAUUGGACCACCUUCAGAUCCUGUGACAUUUGCUAUUGUUCCAACUGGAAUAAAGGAUUUAAUGCUCUAUCCCUUGGGUCCUACAGCAGUGGUUUUGAGCUGGACCAGACCUUACUUAGGAGUGUUCAGAAAAUAUGUGGUUGAAAUGUUUUAUUUCAACCCUACAACAAUGACAUCAGAAUGGACAACCUACUAUGAAAUAGCAGCGACUGUCUCCUUAACUGCAUCAGUGAGGAUAGCUAAUCUGUUGCCAGCAUGGUACUACAACUUUCGAGUUACCAUGGUAACAUGGGGAGACCCGGAACUGAGCUGCUGUGACAGUUCCACUAUAAGCUUCAUAACAGCCCCAGUUGCUCCAGAGAUCACUUCUGUGGAAUAUUUCAACAGCCUGUUAUAUAUCAGUUGGAUAUACGGGGAUGACACUACUGACCUCUCCCAUUCUAGAAUGCUCCACUGGAUGAUCGUUGCAGAAGGAAAGAAGAAAAUUAAAAAGAGCGUAACACGCAAUGUCAUGACCGCAAUUCUCAGCCUGCCUCCGGGAGAUAUCUACAAUCUCUCCGUAACUGCUUGCACUGAAAGAGGAAGUAAUACCUCUAUGCUCCGCCUUGUCAAGCUAGAACCAGCUCCUCCAAAAUCACUCUUUGCAGUGAAUAAAACCCAGACCUCGGUGACUUUGCUGUGGGUGGAAGAGGGAGUAGCUGAUUUCUUCGAAGUUUUCUGUCAACAAGUUGGCUCCAGUCAGGAAACAAAAUUCCAGGAACCAAUUUCUGUUUCUUCUCAUGUCGUGACCAUCUCCAGCCUCCUUCCUGCCACUGCUUACAACUGUAGUGUCACCAGCUUUAGCCAUGACAGCCCCAGUGUCCCUACGUUCAUAGCGGUCUCGACAAUGGUUACAGAGAUGAAUCCCAAUGUGGUAGUCAUCUCCAUGCUGGCCAUCCUUAGCACACUGUUAAUCGGACUUCUGCUCAUCACCCUCAUCAUUCUUAGGAAGAAGCAUCUGCAGAUGGCCAGGGAGUGUGGAGCAGGAACUUUUGUCAAUUUUGCAUCCUUAGAGCGGGAUGGAAAGCUUCCAUACAACUGGAGCAAAAAUGGUUUAAAGAAGAGGAAACUGACUAACCCGGUGCAACUAGAUGACUUUGAUGCCUACAUCAAGGAUAUGGCCAAAGACUCUGACUAUAAAUUUUCUCUUCAAUUUGAGGAGUUGAAGUUGAUUGGACUGGAUAUUCCACACUUUGCUGCAGACCUUCCACUGAACCGAUGUAAAAAUCGCUACACGAACAUCCUACCAUAUGACUUUAGCCGAGUGAGAUUAAUCUCCAUGAAUGAAGAGGAAGGCGCAGACUACAUCAAUGCCAACUACAUUCCUGGAUACAAUGCACCGCAGGAGUAUAUUGCCACACAGGGGCCGCUGCCUGAAACCAGAAAUGACUUUUGGAAGAUGGUCCUACAACAGAAGUCUCAGAUUAUUGCCAUGCUCACUCAGUGUAAUGAGAAAAGGAGGGUGAAAUGUGACCACUACUGGCCAUUCUCCGAAGAACCCGUAGCUUACGGAGACAUCACAGUGGAGAUGAUGUCAGAGGAAGAGCAGGACGACUGGGCCUGUAGACACUUCCGGAUCAACUACGCUGACGAGAUGCAGGAUGUGAUGCAUUUUAACUACACCGCGUGGCCUGAUCACGGAGUGCCCACAGCCAACGCUGCAGAAAGCAUCCUGCAGUUUGUACACAUGGUCCGACAGCAAGCUACGAAGAGUAAAGGCCCCAUGAUCGUGCACUGCAGUGCUGGAGUCGGUCGGACAGGAACGUUCAUUGCCCUGGACAGGCUCUUGCAGCACAUUCGGGAUCAUGAGUUUGUCGACAUCCUAGGGCUGGUGUCAGAAAUGCGGUCAUACAGAAUGUCCAUGGUACAGACCGAGGAGCAGUACAUCUUUAUCCAUCAAUGUGUCCAACUCAUGUGGAUGAAGAAGAAGCAGCAGUUCUGCAUCAGUGAUGUCAUCUAUGAGAAUGUCAGCAAGUCCUAGUUCAGAAUCCAGACCAGACAGGACAUGAUGUGAACCCACCCUCCUUUGCUUCCAGAGUUUUUUUGGGGGGGCCUACUAGCCAUUUGCUAUAAAGAGCCCUGCUUUGUAGCAUGUGGCCAAGGAGAUAAUUUAUCUCGUAGAAGCACCGGGAAGACUUAGCCUUAAAGAGCCUACAGUGUCUUUUGGACUCUUUCACUUCUGGAUGUUCAAUAAAGGACCAAAUUCAACCAGACACCGGGAAGGUCCAGACGCUCUGCAAAGGGCAGGAAGCACAACACUUCCGAAGAGUUUCACUGGCCCUUUGCUGGUUGGGCUGAGGUUUUUGUUGUUGUUUUUAAGUGCAAUAAUUUUUGUACAUGUGUGAUUUUAUCAAAACGUUGAAUUGUUUUCUGCCCGCACUAUUGAUCAAGCUCAUAGCCCAAGAAGGAACAGGCAUUGUCAGCGUCAAAUUAUACCUCAUUGUUAAAAGGAGGCAUGGCCGCACAUGAAGAAAUGGAAAUUCUGCUUCAAGAAAAUUGAACCAGUGAUAUCUGUACUCCAACAUAAGUUACUGGAUCGGGAGCGAGGAGGGUGGAUGGGGAGAAAGAGAAGGGUUCUCCCCACAGAUCAACUGCAUACCUUUUCCAAAUAUGAAAAGCUGUAAUUCAGCUUCACAGUAGAGUAGAGAAAAAUUUUGUCUUAAUUGUUCUAGUUCUUGAUGUUUUUUGUGUGUUUUUUUUCUUAUUAACGGUUCAGUGUUUCUUCCUUGGCGCUCUUGGACUAAUAUCACUGUCCAGGUUCUUUUUCAACAAACUAGAUCUGGUUCAGAAGACUUUGAAGUCUGCUCUUUAGACUCCGUUGCUGUCUGAGCAAUCUUGGUGCCUAGAGUUUGCAUUCCUUUUUCUGUUGACCUGCAUACACGUAAAAGCUAUUUCUUUGCGAACUAUAGGCUGUGAACACGCACUUUCUUUCCCUCAAAGAGCUGGGAAUUUAUGACGUUGUGGCAAUGAACUGCAGCAUGCUAGGACAAUGAUUUGGCUACAUUUUGGGGGGUAAUAUUGUCAAGUGUCUCUGUGGAUUCCUACAGAGAUCUCCUUCUGUUUUGUUUUCUUUGGGGUUGUCAGUUUCAUUUAACCCAUGUAACUAACAACACUCUAUUCUUUGCAUUUUGUAUAAUUACAGUACAUGAUUGUGUUUUGUGACAUGAACGCUGUCAAAAUGGACACAGAUGGC